AUGAAUUUGAACGAAGAAAAUGCAAUCACCAAAAAAAUAAACUGGUUAAGGCAGCUGGAGGAAAGGAACCCAGAGUAUGAAUUGAAAAGAAGGAACAUUUUCCCAAACUAUAUUUCCUUACUUAAUAGUAUAGAAGAAUGUAUAAGAUUAAAAAAUGGAUAUAAAAUGAAUCAAAUAUUAAAAUUAACACAAAUACCUAUAUAUAUAUAUAUUAUUGAUAAUAUGACUGAAAAUGAUUUACGUAAAAAAAUAAAAGAAAGAAAUUCAUUAAAAAGUUUUGAACAAUUAAUAAUUGAUCAUUUUAAUAUAAUAAAAAUAUUGUGUAAUAAAAAUAAUAUAAAUUGGGAUAUGUUAUCAAGUAUAAGUUGUAAAUUUUUAUCAACAUUUCUUCAACUAUAUUGUAAUAAUUUAUGGCUACUUCCCUAUUUAUUGUCUAUAUGUUCCUUUUUAAAUCAUAUUAGUACAUUAGCUGAUUCACAUAAUAAUAGUAAAAAUGAUAUAUUUAGUGAUGAAAAUGAAGAUAUAAAUAAUAAAAAUAAAUAUACUAUUGAAGUAUUAAAUUCUAUAAGAGGGAAAAUAGGUAUAGUAAAAGGAGAUCCAGAAAAACAUGGAGGGUUUGUUAUAUUAAUGCUUCAAUCUAUUAAAUUAUGCAUGAAAUUAAAUAAUAUGCAAAUAACAUCAAGCUUUUUAAAAAUUAUAAAUUCUACAGAUAUUGAAUAUGCAUAUAUUCCUAAAUUAUUUAUUGUCUUAUUUAAAUGUCAAUUAGGAAAAUUAUAUUUACAAAAAAUGGAAUAUGAAAAAGCGGAAAAUGAAUUUAUUUGGGCUUUUUCAAAUUCACAAAAAAAUAAAAUAGCUUUUAGAAAAAAAAUAUUACAAGCCAUAAUAUCUAUACGUUUAAAUAAAGGAAUAUAUCCACCAAAAAAUUUAUUAAAAAAAUAUAACCUUCACAUAUAUAUAGAUAUUAUAUAUUCAAUGAAAAGAGGUAAUAUUUUUUUAUAUAAUAAUGUUAUUCAAAAUUUUUCAAAAUAUUUUUUUGAAAAUGGAUUAAAUGAAUGUAUAGAUCAAAUACAUUUUAUUGUAAAAAGAAAUUUACUUAAAAUUAUUGUCGAUUGGUGGAAUCAAAUUAUUAAAGAUAAUCCAAAUAAAGUAUAUAAAGUUCCUAUAUCUUUAUUUCAUCAUAUUUUUAUAUGGGCAGGGAUAACACAACACCAUUAUUAUUUAGAAACUCUAUGUAUUAUCACGUCCCUUAUUUUGUUUAGAUAUAUCAAUGCUUAUAUUUCAUACGACAAUAAUAUACUCGUUCUCAGCAAAAACGAUCCAUUCCCGCUUUUGUCACAACCUCGUGUCAGCCGAUAA